AGGAGGAAGUCAGUGUCCCUUUGGGCGGGUGUUGUGCUGGCUCUGUCAGCCGAGCAUGGCCCCGGCUGCAGGACAACCCCGCUGGCGCCGCCAUCCUGCCGGGGCCGGAGUUGGGGGGAUGUCCUUGGCCUUCCCUGUGGGCCGGAGGCAAAUCCCCUCCCUGUCCUUCUUGCUUCCUGCCCCAGGCCCCGAGCUGAGGACGGAGAGCCCGGAGGACAAAUCCCCCCGUGAGACCCUGGUGGGAGAGGCCGUUUUGAAGGGCUCCCCGGCGCAGGAAGGCAGCGGGGAGGAAAAGGGCCGGAGAUCCCCCCGCAGGAGGGGCUCCAAAGCCAUCCCAGGGUGCUCUGAGGAGGAAAGAGCCAGCCUGUGCCGGGAAGGCGGCCGGAGCUUGAGGGGGAGCUCUGAGCUGGUGGUCCCUGAGCAGCCUCCCAGCAGGCAGAAGCCCUUCAGGUGCUUGGAAUGUGGGAAGAGCUUCAGGAAGAGCUUCAACCUCCUCACCCACCAGCACAUCCACACCGGGGAACGUCCCUACAUGUGUGGGGAAUGUGGGAAGAGCUUCAGGCAGAGGUCCAACCUCCACACCCACCAGCGCAUCCACACUGGGGAACGGCCCUACACAUGUAGGGAAUGUGGGAAGAGCUUCAACCAGAGCUCCAACCUCCGCACCCACCAGGGCAUCCACACUGGAGAACGGCCCUACCCGUGUAUGGAAUGUGGGAAGAGCUUCAGGGACAGCUCCCACCUGAUCGAACACCAGCACAUCCACACCGGAGAACGGCACUACACCUGUAGGGAAUGUGGGAAGAGCUUCAGCCAGAGAUCCACCCUCCUCCAACACCGUGGUGUGCACACUGGGGAACGGCCCUACACAUGUUGGGAAUGUGGGAAGAGCUUCAGUUACAGCUCCACCCUCCACAUCCACCGACUCAUCCACACUGGGGAACGACCUUACAAGUGCUUGGAAUGUGGGAAGAGGUUCAGGACCAGCUCAGAUCUCCUCAGGCAUGAGCAGACGCACACGGAUGAGAGGCCCUUCCGCUGCACCGACUGUGGGAAGGGCUUCAACCGGAACUCCCACCUUGUCACCCACCGGCGCAUCCACACCGGGGAGAGGCCCUACAAGUGUGGGGAGUGUGGCAAGAGCUUCACCGAGAGCUCUAAGUUGACCAGACACCAAUGGACCCACCAGUAAGGGAAGCUCUACCAGUGCCCCGACUGCGGGAAGAGCUUCGGCCGCUGCUCCAACUCCGUCAGCUAUUGGAGGACCUUUAUUGGAUGAUCCACAGGGACCCACGUUGAGGACAGACCUGGUUCCAGGUCAUCCAUGCUGGGCACUGUAUUGGGUCUGGAUGGCCAUGUUUUGGUAGCAGGGGAGCUCCAGGGGUGGGUUCUGUGAGCAGCUGCCAGAAGCUUCCUCCAUGUCCAGCCCCUCUCCCGACCCCCCUGACAGUGAGGGUGACCCAGGGUCUUGUUAAUCCAGCCCUUGGGCAGAUUAGAGUGAAAGGACAGUGAAUAAUCAGUGUUUAUAGAUAUAUAUAUGUAGUGUUUAUUUUAGAACAGUUGGGUUGCCAUGUAAAGCAGGUU